AUGGAAUCCAACAACCAUCCAUCCUCGAGCGAGAAGGAGGCUCAUCCUCUUCCCGGGGCUCCCAACGGGACGGAGAGUGCCCAUCAGCAAGCACCGCACACGGGGUCUGCCUCGAAGGUCGAUACCUCAGGUCCCUCGCACGGUUACCAGCCAGCCAACGAAGCCGACACUGGUGGGGAAGGAGAGACUGGUCACUCGACCCAAGAUGAUGCUUCCACCGGCGAGGAUAUGGUGAACUCCGAGGACACGGCUUCAGCUCCGAGAACUGAGCAAGUGCAGGCGCAGUUCCUCCGUCUAUUGUGA